UCUGUGACUUCCCACCGUACCACUACAACAUUGAACCGGCGGUAGUUGGCAUUCAAGUUUGGGAAGACAUCAUUUGUUGGUUGCUCAUGACUUAGCCAGGAAGUCAUAUUCGAACGUCUACUUUGAACGACGACUACAAAUAUGGCUUCUCUAACUGUGUUGGCGCGUCCGACGCGCCAACUUUCUGUUCGUUGCAUACCGGCGUCUAUGAGGUUUUACCACGAUGAGUCCUUUGGUUUCCGCAAGCCUAGAGAGUUCACACUACCGGACUACUCACCAGAACAGUUGCGUAAUAGGACAGCCAAUGCCCCACUGAUGCGUUAUGUCGACUCUCUCCGCACUCACGGCCACCGAGCUGCUCGGAUCGACCCCCUCGACCUUCUCCAACGCGAAGAAGUUGCCGCGCUCGACCCUACAAGAUAUGGACUUGUCGACCCAGCUGCGAAGUACAACAUCAACGGUAUCAUCUGGGACAAACCCGUCGGGACGUCCUCCAGUGCCACAACGAAUUCUGUUACCGAUUCCGAAGAGGAUUUCUGGACGCUGGAAGAGAUCGUGAGGCAUUUACGCGGAAUAUAUGUCGGAAGGAUCGCAUACGAGUACAUGCAUUCACCUAGUAAGACAGAGAGGCUAUGGUUCUCGCAUAUGCUCGAGUCAAAGAGCGCGACCUCGGCGGAGGAGCAGGACGAGGCGAAGAAGCGCAAAUCGAGGAUACACGAAUUGUUGACACAGAGCGAGGUGUUUGAUCAGUUUUUACAGGCGAAGUUUCCGAAUUUGAAGAGGUACGGAUUGGAAGGUGGCGAGUCAAUGAUUCCGGCACUUGAUACGCUGUUCCAAGUGUCGGCGCAAGCUGGCGUAGAGCAUAUCGUUCUCGGAAUGCCUCAUCGUGGCCGUUUGAACUUGCUCACCGGUCUCUUGGAGUUCUCACCAGCCGCUCUGUUCAACAAGAUCAAAGGUGGCUUCGAGUUUCCUGAAGAGUUAGGAGCCUCAGGCGAUGUGAUUAGCCAUCUCGUUGCAUCCCCGAGCUUGAACUACGAAGGCGCCACACAUCCCGUAAAGGUCUCACUUCUCCCUAAUCCCUCUCACCUGGAAGCUAUAAACCCGAUCGCACUAGGCAAGACUCGCGCGAAGCAAUACUCCUUAUUGCAUACUUCGCCCGAUGAUUGCAUGCUAGGCGACAAGGUCAUGUGUGUUCAGCUACACGGUGAUGCGAGUUUUACUGGUCAAGGCAUCGUUAUGGAGGGCUUGGGCCUCAGCAAUUUGCCCCAUUUCAGCGUCGGAGGCUCCGUUCAUAUCGUCGUCAAUAACAAUAUCGGUUAUACCACUCCGGCCUCCGGUGCUCGAUCCUCGCUUUACUGCUCAGAUAUUGGCAAGAUGAUUCACGCGCCCGUCCUACACGUGAAUGGGGACCACCCGGAAGAUGUGGCAAGAGCGGUCGAAACAGCGUUCAAGUACAGGAAUCACUUCCGCAAGGAUGUAAUCAUCGAUCUUCUUGUCUACCGCCGCUGGGGUCACAACGAGCUCGAUGAACCGGCCUUCACCCAACCACUCAUGUAUGAGCAAAUUCGGUCUCGAAAGUCGGUGCCGACGCUCUAUGAGGAGAAGCUUGUUGCAGAUGAAGUCAUUACCUCUUCCACCGCGACCUCCGUUCGGAAGGCCUACAAAUCCCAUCUCGAAGCCGAGCUGGCCAAAUCUGCGUCUAACGCAGACGAAGUCCCAUCUGCGAAUAUGCUGAAGGACCAGUGGAGCUCGAUGGUCUGGCCCGCGAGUUCGGAGGCGCAGAAUGAUCCGGAUACGGGUGUGGAAAAGGGUGUGUUAGAGAGCGUGGGGAGGGCGAGUGUUAAGGUUGGGGAGAAUUUCGAGAUCCAUCCGCGGUUGCAGAGGCAUGUCAAGCAUCGGCUACAGGCUAUCGAGAGUGGUAAAGGGUUGGAUUGGGCGACUGCUGAGGCUAUGGCAUUUGGCUCGAUCAUGCUGGAAGGUAACGACAUUCGAAUAUCGGGACAGGACGUCGGGCGCGGGACUUUCAGUCAACGUCAUGCGAUGUUCGUAGACCAGAAGACGGAGCAGGUGACCGUUCCUCUCAACGUCGAACUAGAUUCGAAGGGUAGGCUAGAGCUCGCAAACAGCUCCCUGAGUGAGAUGGCAGUACUCGGCUUCGAGUAUGGACUUAGUUGGGAGAAGCCCAAUAUGCUACCAAUCUGGGAGGCUCAGUUCGGCGAUUUUUUCAACGGUGCACAGAUUAUCAUAGACACCUUCAUCUCCUCUUCAGAGACGAAAUGGCUCAAACAGAGCGGCCUUGUCAUGCUUCUACCCCAUGGUCUCGAUGGCGCCGGGCCCGAACACUCUUCUUCGCGAAUUGAACGAUUCCUCCAGCUCACGAAUGAUCGUUACUCGCUGAACGAUGAGCCGACUAACAUCAAUAUGCAUGUCGUCUUCCCCACAACGCCCGCUCAAUACUUCCACCUUUUGAGACGGCAGGUCAAGCGAAAUUAUAGAAAGCCUUUGAUCGUAGCCGGUCCAAAGGGGCUGCUUAGGCUCCCAGCCGCUGCGUCGCUGCUAUCAGAGCUCACUCCCUCGACCCGCUUCCAGCCCGUCCUUCGCGAACCUCUUCAGCCUGAGAACCUUGCCUCUAUCAAACGAGUCAUUCUUUGCACGGGAAAGAUAUACCAUGACCUCGUCAAGCAAAGGCAGUCCCUCUCGCUUGAGUCUCAAGUUUCUAUCAUCCGCAUCGAAGAGCUUGCGCCAUUCCCCUUCACUCAGCUCAGGCAAGUCCUCGAAGAAUACGGCUCUAAUCCGAGCGUAUAUUGGGUGCAGGAAGAACCAAGGAACCAGGGUGCUUGGGGGCAUGUAAGCUCUAGGAUAGAGAGCGUCAUGGAGGAUUUGGGAAUUGGUCGGUUGAGGUUUGUUGGGAGGAAGGAGGAGGCCGUUCCGGCGCCCGGGGUGGGGAAGCUGUAUAAACAACAGCAGGAGACGAUUUUGAACAGUGCGUUCGAAGGACUGUAGAUUAUGACGGUGUACAUAUAACUCCCCGCGUGAGCUAUUCUUGACACAAUGAUGCUCUGCUAAUUUCAAUGUUUUGAAGCUCAGGAGAGUGGCAUGGCUAUGCUCGUCGUGCCCUUCUAGCCGGAGGAUUAGAUCUGUUCAGGGCAACAAGAGAAUGGGCCACUGAACAGCGCACGGGCUUAUCCAGAGGGAGAAUAUGGCCGCGGAGCGCAUACGAUGUUACACCCGAGCACCAAAUGGCUGCAGACGUUCGGAUCCGCACGAUAAAUGAAUGGCUGGGGAAGAGAAGGGUCGAUGUCGGCGUUGGUGAACCGUAUGGGAGGAACCAGUUCUUUUUUUCUCGUUAUAUAACGUCGUUUCUACGAGUGGUCUAUGAUUUUGCAAACGGCUGUUGGCACAGGGAUUUGCGUGUGGCGGUGUGGCGUAAGUAUGUUUCAUGGAUUGAUCCAUAUAAGUUCGCACGCUAUACUCAGCCCUUUACCCCGCCUUUUUUUUCCUCGUUUAUAUUAUAAGCUGUGCGAAGCUCACAUAUACAUAUGUACUGAUCCUACGAGUUUCUGAGUACUGAGUACUGAGGCUCAUGUGGUGUCGUUCGCGUUGGUCACCAACUUGGUCUCGACACAGCGCGAGUGCUGCCUCGUGUUGCGCAAUGUAUAUCUGAUGUACGUCAGGCACACAUUGAACACCGUGGGUGACGAACUAGCCAGCCCUUAUAAGCUUGAGCGUUGUGUGGCGCAACGGCUCUUGAAUGUCUUCGUGCCAGUGAUGACUUCCUAUGAACCCAACGAGGACGAGCGGAGCCUCGUGCUUGAACGAUAUUCACUCGCCGGCGAUCUGCUUUGUGGUGUUGCCUACGGUAUACAACUCGUGUUAUAUCUGGCAUGCGCGACAUGCCUUUGGCAUCAUAGGGAGAAGUCGCAUGCAAGACACCUGCUCGUCUACAUCACUUUCCUUUUUGUCGCCCAGUCCGUGUUCGUUGGUGUCCAAUCGCGGACGGUACAGCUCAUGUUCGUCGAAAACCGCAACUAUCCCGAAGGAGUAUGGGCAUACUUUCUCGCUACUCAAGCACUCGCGAUCAAUGUGACAUUCGAUGCCACUCUCUUCAUCCUGACCUUGCUAUGUGAUUGUCUUGUGUUCUGGAGAUGUUGGAUAAUAUGGGCAGCUUCGGGCUUUUCUCAAGCCGCCCUUGCCAUCCUCUUCCCCGCAGUGAUGAUUCUCGGUUCCUUCGUCACGGGUGUGUUCUGGACGCUGCAAAGCUCUCAGCCAGGAUUAUCCUUCUACAGCAAGCUGCCACUCGCCUUCGGGACUGCCUACUUCACACUCUCGCUCGGUGUCAACAUUCUCCUAACGGCCCUCAUCGUGUUCCGCCUCUAUCAGUAUCGUCGUAGGAUUGCUUCAGCCCUAGGUGCCGCCUACGCGAAGCAAUAUGUAUCUUUGGCGACAAUCAUCGUUGAAAGCGCCGUGGCGUACUCGGUGUUCGCGCUGUUAUUUCUCGUCACGUACGCUGCCGGCAAUGUAACAUCUCAACUGUGGCUUGGCAUCUCUUCUUCAGCUCAGCAAAUAUCAACCUACAUGAUCAUAUAUCGACUCGCUCUUGGCCGCGGGUGGAGCCCGGACACCCUAUCCUCUUCCGCUACGUUCACCACGAACCCUGUCCCACUCUCAAACCUUACAAUGGACAAAACAGCCCCUCCCGUGGACAUCGAGCAGAUACCCGUCGAUCGACAAUCACC